AUGAUGGUGUGUAGUGUUGAGGCGUCGAAUGAUGUAGCGAAUGACGUUUGUGACAUGAUUGAGGUGAUGCGAGCGCGUAGGGGUUUGAAGUGUUCGAUAUCGAAAAGAGAAGAUAUGAAGGGGAAGUUGAUAGAUUUUCUGGAUAUAAUGGAGUAUAGGCAGCGACUUGAUCCUCAAUUUGACCCCGGAAUGCCGAAUAAUUAUCUCGGCUGGAGUAACAGGAAAGAGUUAAAAAAGACAAUCAAGAUGAGAAAUGUCCAGGAAGUAACAAAUGAUUUAGAAAAAACCAAAUUCGAUACCUACGACUCCACUGAAUCCACCGACGUUUCACCCAAAACACUACACACAAAUGAACAAGUUAAUCAACCCACAAAUGAACAAGUAAAUCAAGAGGUUGAUGAACAAAUUAAUGAAAAUGAGCAGAUGGAAAAAGCUUCUGAGAAAUCUGAGAAAUCUGAGAAAUCUGAGAAAUCAGCCGGGGAUUUGGAAUCUCCGGAAAUGGUUGAACAGCAGCAAGAUGUCGAAGGUAAUACUCUCGUAGAAAAAGAGCCUGAAAAGCAUAAAUCAACUAGAGUUAGAAAAAGAAGACAUCGAAGAGGUGAAAGAAGGUCAAAACCUAUAGAAAAAAAGACCCUGCAUGACCCCAAACACCGUAGCUUAAUCAGACACAGCAGCUUAGUUGGACACAGCAGCUUAGUUGGACACAGCAGCUUAGUUGGACACAGCAGCUUAGUUGGACAGGGUAGCUCAGUUGGACGCAGUAGCUUAGUUGGACAGGGUAGACCCAGGACAACUCUGGGUAAAAUAAUAAAUUCCGUAAAAAGAGUAAAAGUGUGUAAAAACGGAUUCCAAAUCAGUUCAAAGAGGUUAAUUAGGCCUCAAAAUGUUAAAAAAUCGAAACCUCCAAAUCACCAGAACACGCCAAGUUUGUACAAAAGUUUCGAUGACGUUUUGCGAGCUGAUGUUCCUGAAUUUAAGAUUUAUUCCCGGUUUGAUCCCAUAAAUACGCCCUCAAGUGCCGGGAUUUCCAUGACUCCAAUGUCUGAUUUGUCAAUAUCCAGCCUUGAAAAAUACAAAUUUAACACUCAAUCUGACAUCAUUCACUCUGCAGUUCACAGAAUGAGAGUUGCCAUCCAGGAAAAAGCCAGAAAUUUUAAUCCUAACAACCUAAAAAUUAACCCUAAUAAGCUAAAAAUUAACCCUAAUAAGCUAAAAAUUAACCCUAAUAAGCUAAAAAUUAACCCUAAUAAGCUAAAAAUUAACCCUAAUAAGCUAAAAAUUAACCCUAAUAAGCUAAAAAUUAACCCUAGUAAGAUGAAUCCUAAGAGUGUGAGGUUAACGAAUUAUAUGAACGAGAGGAAUUAUGUUAUAAGGAACAAGAAUCUGAGGCGAAAAUCCUUGUUUAAGCACUUGAGGCCUUCAAAGCUGUCGAGAUAUGACAGAAACCCUGAGUUCAUUGAUGACAUGGGCAGAUUUCUUCAAGUCCCAGAGUCUACAAAUUAUGUAAACACCGACUACAACAUACCUUACGAGUUUAGUGUUCACAAGUGUAGUGAGAUAGCUCAGUGGAACAUGUAUUACUUUUACGAGGCUUGUAUUUAUGACUGGAUGAAGCUGGUGCCAGUCCUGGCAAAUCAUACCUUUAUUGGAAUCCCAAUCCACUUCUCCACCAGUGACGUUAACGAGAUCAGGAGACUACUAUGCUGCAAUAAAAGGUUCAAGAAGUUAUUUGUUAACAAAUUGGAUGAUCUAGUCUACGUCAUACACUGCAAAGUUUAUCCUCUUCUAGGCAAUCUCUUCUCCACAUGGGUCUUCAUCGGAUGCCACAUUCCCUGGAGGAUUUAAUUUCUAAUAUACUAUACCACUGUUAA